AUGGGUCAGAAAGAUGCUUACGUUGGUGAUGAAGCUCAGUCCAAAAGAGGUAUUCUUACCUUGAAGUAUCCAAUCGAGCAUGGUAUUGUAAGCAACUGGGAUGACAUGGAGAAGAUCUGGCAUCACACUUUCUACAACGAGCUUCGUGUUGCCCCUGAAGAGCACCCAGUUCUUCUCACUGAGGCACCUCUUAACCCUAAAGCUAACAGGGAGAAGAUGACUCAAAUCAUGUUCGAGACAUUCAAUGUCCCUGCCAUGUAUGUUGCUAUUCAGGCCGUUCUUUCUCUUUACGCUAGUGGGCGUACUACAGGUAUUGUGCUCGACUCUGGUGAUGGUGUGUCUCACACUGUGCCUAUCUACGAGGGUUAUGCUCUUCCCCACGCCAUCCUUCGUCUGGAUCUUGCGGGUAGGGAUCUCACAGAUUCUCUAAUGAAGAUUCUCACCGAGAGAGGUUACAUGUUCACCACUACUGCUGAGCGAGAAAUCGUCCGUGACAUCAAAGAGAAACUUGCUUAUGUCGCUCUUGACUUCGAGCAAGAGAGCGAGACAGCUAAGAGCAGUUCUUCAGUGGAGAAGAACUACGAGCUACCUGAUGGACAAGUCAUCACCAUCGGAGCUGAAAGAUUCCGUUGCCCUGAAGUACUCUUCCAGCCAUCACUCAUCGGAAUGGAAGCCCCUGGAAUCCAUGAAACAACAUACAACUCCAUCAUGAAGUGUGAUGUGGAUAUCAGGAAGGAUCUAUACGGAAACAUCGUCCUCAGUGGUGGUUCAACCAUGUUCCCAGGAAUCGCUGACCGUAUGAGCAAAGAGAUCACAGCACUCGCGCCGAGCAGCAUGAAGAUCAAGGUGGUCGCACCGCCUGAGAGGAAAUACAGUGUCUGGAUUGGAGGAUCCAUCCUUGCAUCCCUCAGCACUUUCCAACAGAUGUGGAUCUCGAAGGGAGAGUACGAUGAGUCGGGUCCAUCGAUUGUCCACAGGAAAUGCUUCUAAGUGGUUUCUUGUCUCAGUGUUGUUUACAAAUCUAUUUCCCAAAGUUGAGAUGGGAAGUGAAACGAUCUGUUGUUAUGUGGUUGUUGUUGUCUUGGGUCUCUUUUAAAAACCUUCUCUCGAGUCUUGUGUUCUUUUAGUUUUUUUUUUUUACAUCUGUUUAUUAUUUUCUCUUUAGGAUGCUUGUGAUGAUACUGGUUUUUUUUGUCCUUAUUAAGCAAAAAAAUAUCAUAUUCUAUUUGGUCGAGGUUUUGAGUUUUCUUUUGUUCAUCACGGAGAACAAUCUUUUAUUUGUGUGGAACACAUUUUCGUAUCCAAUUGUCAUUUAAACCAUAACGAAAGUUCACAAUGGAUGGAAUGUGAAAAUUUACCUGACGUUGUCGUUUCAACCCCGAUUGCUACGUUUGGAGACCAACCCCGAUUGCUACGUUUGGAGACCA